UGAGUGCAGUGCAGUUCAGUCUUCAGCAGUCUUCACUGAUGGCACUGCAUACAAGGAGUAACGAGCUUAAACGUGUUCCUUGGUUUUCCCUGGCAGAGUGGUACGACGUGUAUAAAAAAAUCUAUUCUAAUGACACGCAGCAACAGACGAGAGGUUAUGAGAUGCUGUUGGUGUGGAAAGGCCGAAUAUCAAAGCUCCCAGUGGGCAUUGAGUGCACUCUCUCCCUGAUCCAGGUCUGCUUGCGAGAUCGCUCAUGGAGCCGGCAAAUAAAUUCCGGGGCUCUCCCCAUGUACCACGAGAACGACCUCUCCCUCAUGUACUCUACCACAAUAAUGCGCUUCCUCAAUCACAUUUCGAACAUCGGCCCCACAAAGCAAACUUCCCUCUUCCAAAUAGCAAAGCAACUGAGAAUUCCCGAGUGGAUCGUAAACCUGCGCCACGACACAGCCCAUGGACACGAGUUGCCCUCUAUCACCCUCUUACGAAUGGCCACCAACGUCUUGUUGACGUGGUUGUACGAAGAGUAUUGGGCACCAGAAGCCCAAGCCCUCGAUCAAGCGCUCAAGAAACAAAAUGAAAUGACAGAAAUGGAGGUGAUGGAUUCUUUGGAGGGUCUCGUUGAUCUCAUACAACUCUGGAUGUCAGUCGGUCUCUACAUGGAGUCAGGCUUGUCACUCGUCUCACAUCUUCCCGAUGAGCAUCUCAGGAAUACCCUCAAGGACUUUGAUGCUCAAACAUGCACAAACAUGGUCUCUAAACGACACCUAGAUACUAGUAUUCUCUCAGAGCACGGAGAGCUGGAGGAGGAAGACACUUAUCGUCUGAAGACAGCAAGAUCUCAUCUCCUCAUAGAUAUAACGAAUCAACUUUAUCGAUGCAAAGACCACCAAAAGUCCCUGGCGAAUAUAAUCACCAAUGUCCUUAUCAACAGCCAGGUCUUUCUCGUCAGUCAUGAGAUUUUAGAGCUAUUCUCAAGAAAAUGUGAUGAUGAAAAUUAUCAGAGGCGUCAGAAUUUACCUAGACAAUUGAUCGCCUUCUGGCAGCCGAUGAUUUCUCUCAUUCAUGAGGCAAAACUCCUGGAGGCCUUGACUUUUAAGCUAAUUGAGGUAGUCAAUUGUAAUGAUGGAAGAAACAGCAGCCAGAUGAGGGAAUGUGCAAGUUUGUGGCUAAAAACUAUCGGUCAGAGUUUUCUCAAGUUGAAAAUUGCACACAAGGAGGGGGAGAAGCUGGAGCAUUCCCAGGAGGGAAGCAAGAAGACUCCGCAGAGGGCUAUCAAUAAAAAGCUAGAGGGAAUUAUUAAUACGAGUUACAGAGAGCUGAGGGACUGUCCAUGGUUAGGAGUGAACUCUCAUGUUCCUAGGGUUUUCACUGAUGAGAGAUUCAGUGAGGAAGUGAUUAUGAACGCUAAUCAAUAUACGGCAAUUUUUAUCGGGCCAUAUUUGGAAUUGAUCAGUCCUGAGAUGAAUGCUGAAAAGAAGAGCAAUCUGUUGGACUUUUUGAGAAUUCAAAGUGCACAAGUUAUUUAUGACAAUGACAAUGGGGAUUAUGAUCAAGUUGUGCACACAGUCCAAGAAUUAAUGAGAAUUUGUGGAGAAGGGGGGGAGAUGGUGAAUGAAGACGAAAGCUUCUGUGAGGCUUCUGUGAGGAAUUCUCUGUGGCAGUUGGCUCCUGGCAAUUUCAACUGGAGAGAUUGCGCCUUUGGGAUCCUACCCUGGCAGGCAAACUCAUUGGAUAUCCUGGGGAGUACUGGAUGGCCAAUUCAGCCUGAAGUGGUUUGUUCGAAUGCUGGGAGUGAGAUUGUUGCGGGGAUUUUAGAUGAUAGAGGGGUCUCACGGAAGAGAGUGAAUUGGGAGAGCGUGCUGAGGAAUAAUCAGAAGGGGACGAGAAAGAGGAGGAGGAGGAGGAGGAGGAGGAGGGAGGAGGAGGAGAAGGCUAAUAAGGUGAUGGAUAGAGCUAUUCAAAUUAUCAAGAGUCGAAAAGUUUUACGAUAAUCAAGAAGAAUAAAUAACUUUGAUAAUUUGACAUUUAUGUUACAACAGUGGUAUUUUGGUAUUUAAUUCACGUGAAAAAACAAAAAUCACAAACAUGUUCAAAUAAUGAAGAUUAUAAUUUUUCUUACAAUUUUAGCUUCUACGAAUAAAAGUUUUUUUCAUUUCAUUUUA